AUAAUGUCGAGGCUAUCACUAUCUCCAAGCAACAAUAUCAGAAUUAUUCCAGUUGUUGUCUUGUGAUUUUAAUUUUCUUUCUGGUAAUAUCCUGUGCCUCUCGUUCUUAAUAUGAUAAUAUGAUAAUCAUUCUGUAAUAUAGUCUUCUUGUUAUAUUAAUCCGUGCACAAUAAGCCGAUGCUCUGGAUUAAAAUAAUGAAGGAAGCAUGGUUAUGUGCACGGAAAUUGAAUCAGAGUCGUCAUGUCUGCUCCCUCUGAUCCUUCUAAGGACUUAUGAUUUGGGGGCCUGGAUUAGACUCAUAUUUUACACCUCCAUAUUCAUUUUAAGAGUUUUUAAUCCCCUGAAUAGAUUUUUGAUUGCUGUACUUGAAUGUGCAGUAUGAGAAAUCUCCAUUUCAUGGCGGCGGAGUGGGACAGAAAUGGACGCCCCGCCAUCUCUGAUCAAUACGCACGUCAAGAUUCUCGGUUUUGAUCUACAAAAUCUUAAGCCGAAUCCGUCAGAUCUGGCCGUCUUCAACCGCAAUGGCGUUCGCGUCUGGCGGGUUGAGGUUCUCGGCGUGGUCGUGAGCAGGGAGUUCAAAUCUGGAAGUUUUCUGAAAUUCACAAUUGACGAUUCCACCGGAUGCAUUCCGUGCGUGCUCUGGCUGAAUCAUUUAACUUCUCCGUACUUCUCGCGGAGAAGUCAGCCAGAUGUUCUUGCGGUUGCGGAAAUGGCUUCAAAGUUUGCAGAUGAAGCGCAGAUCGGUGUCCUGGCUAGGGUUCGUGGUAAGAUCUCAUGUUACAGAGGAGUUGUGCAAGUUACAGUGUCUGAUUUGUUCAUAGAGAGAGAUUCGAACUUCGAGAUCCUUCACUGGUUGGAAUGUGUUAAAUUAUCUCGUAAUUUCUUCACAUAGUAAAUACAAAUGUAAUUGGAAUCACAGCCUAGCUACCUGCUCGACAUAUAUACAGGCCAAUGGCCAUGUUAACAUGUCUACAUCAUCACCUACAUGAGGAACAAAGGUUACUGCGUAAAUGAGGGGGCUGGGAAGACGAGAG